UGUGCGCUCGUUGGCAACCCUUCUCGGGAGCUGCAUGGGCUGCAACAGUGCUGCUCAUGGCGGCGGCGGGGGGCGUGACAGACACGACGCUGGAGAGCUCAGACGACACCCCGCCCACGCCCACGCCCACGGCGCAGAGGGCAGACCUGCAGCAGCUGGAGCAGCAGGCGCGCGCCUUCUUGCAGCAGUACGACCGAGAAGCGGCGCGCCGCCUCAACGACUACGAGCUGGCCGCCUGGGCCUACGACUCCAACCUCACCGAGCACAACCAGCAGCAGAAGCUGAAGGCGUCUGCGGCGCUGGCUGCCUUCACCAAGGAGCAAUGGCGCCGGGCUACCGCCUUCCCCUGGCAGGAGUUCAGCGACCCGGACACGCGCCGCCAGCUCAAGGAGCUGUCUGUGUUGGGCGCCGCCGCGCUGCCGCCCCCGCGCUACGACCAGUUGCAGAAAAUAAUAGCAGAUAUGCAGACAGUCUACAGCAAAGCCAAAAUCUGUGAUUAUCGAAACAAAACGAAAUGCGACCUCAGCCUAGAGCCAGAUCUGGUGAACAUCCUGACGCACUCCAGGGAUGCCGGCGAACUGCGUCACGUGUGGGUGGAGUGGAGGCGUGCGUCCGGGGAGAAAGUGCGCGAUAUUUUCAACGAGUACGUCGCCAUUAGCAACGAAGCGGCCGUACUCAACACCUACGAAACCCCCAACUUCCGUGAGGAUCUCCAGCGCCUCUGGGAACAGAUGCAGCCCUUGUAUCAGCAGCUGCACGCCUACGUGCGCAGGCAUCUGCGCAUGCGCUACGGGGACGCGGAGGUCACUCAGCAGGGGCCCAUCCCUGCGCACCUGCUCGGAAACAUGUGGGCACAGAGUUGGGAGGCUGUUUUCCCAUUUUCCAAGCCCUAUCCCGACGCCCAAGACACGGACGCUACUCCUAAGAUGCUGGAACAGGGCUACACCCCUGAGCGCAUGUUCAAGCUGUCUGAGCAGUUCUUCACGUCACUCAACCUGAGCGCCAUGCCUGAGAGCUUCUGGGAGCGGUCCAUCCUGGAGAAGCCAAAGGACCGCGAGAUCGUGUGCCACGCCUCCGCCUGGGACUUCUACGACGGCAAGGACUUCAGGAUCAAGCAAUGCACGCGUGUGAACAUGAGAGACUUGUUCGUGGCGCAUCACGAAAUGGGCCACAUCCAGUACGACCUGCAGUACAAGGAUCAGCCGGUGCUGUACAGAGGUGGCGCAAACCCAGGCUUCCACGAGGCGAUUGGUGACGUGAUGGCGCUGUCGGUGUCGACGCCCAAGCACCUGCGGCGCGUGGGGCUUCUGGACGGCAGCGAAGCCGACGACAGCCCGGAAACGGCGCUCAACUUCCUGUACCUGCAGGCCCUGCAGAAGGUGGGCUACCUGCCCUUCGGUUACAUCGUGGACUUGUGGCGCUGGGACGUCUUCAAAGGCUGGACCACACCUGACGAGUACAAUUGCCAAUGGUGGAGAUUACGAGAACUGUACCAAGGGGUAGAACCUCCAGUUGACAGAAGUGAAGAUAAUUUUGAUCCUGCUGCAAAGUACCACGUAGUUGCAAGUGUUCCAUACAUACGAUACUUCGUGAGCACCGUCAUUCAGUUCCAAAUCCACCGCGCGCUCUGCAUUGAGGCAGGUCAGUUCGACCCAACUGACGCCAAGAAGCCCUUGCACAACUGCGACAUCUACGAGAGCGUCGCCGCGGGCAACAAGCUCAACCGGCCGUGGCCAGAGGCGCUGGAGGCUGUAACGGGCAGCCGCCACAUGGACGCUUCCGGUCUCCUCGACUACUUCCGGCCCCUCGCCCAGUGGCUUGAGGAGGAGAACCGACGCACCGGGCAGAUUCCUGGUUGGGAUCGCUCGAAGAAGAGUUGUGUGUCUGGACAAGAAGAACUCUACACGCAGAGAGCUGAUGAGACAACUUUACCGACAGGGACCACCCGCAUGCUGCUCCUGGCGGCGGCGGCGGGGGGCCUCGCAAACACGAUGCUACAGAGCCCAGAGGAAUCCCCGCCCACGCCCACGCCCACGCCCACGCCCACGGCGCAGAGGGCAGACCUGCAGCAGCUGGAGCAGCAGGCGCGCGCCUUCCUGCAGCAGUACGACCGAGAAGCGGCGCGCCGCCUCAACGACUACGAGCUGGCCGCCUGGGCCUACGACUCCAACCUCACAGAACACAACCAGCAGCAGAAGCUGAAGGCGUCUGCGGCGCUGGCUGCCUUCUCCAAGGAGCAAUGGCGCCGGGCUACCGCCUUCCCCUGGCAGGAGUUCAGCGACCCGGACACGCGCCGCCAGCUAAAGAAGCUGGCUGUGUUAGGCACCGCCGCGCUCCCACCUCCGCGCUACGACCAGUUGCAGAAAAUAAUUGCUGACAUGCAGACACGCCUCUGGGAACAGAUGCAGCCCUUGUACCAGCAGCUGCACGCAUACGUGCGCAGGCAUCUGCGCAUGCGCUACGGGGACGCGGAGGUCACUCAGCAGGGGCCCAUCCCUGCGCACCUGCUCGGUCAGUUCGACCCAACUGACGACAAGAAGCCCUUGCACAACUGCGACAUCUACGAGAGCGCCGCCGCGGGAAACAAGCUCAAGGCAAUGCUUCGCCUGGGGAGCAGCCGGGCGUGGCCAGAGGCGCUGGAGGUCGUAACGGGCAGCCGCCACAUGGACGCUUCCGGUCUCCUCGACUACUUCCGGCCCCUCGCCCAGUGGCUUGAGCAGGAGAACCGACGCACCGGGCAGAUUCCUGGUUGGGAUCGCUCAAAGAAGCAUAAACAA